AUGGCUUCAAGGCUGCAAGUUUUCUCGAAGGAAAUUCAAAGUGAAUGCGGCUAUGAGGAAGAUCGACAUAAGUUGUUCGGGAACGAAGAUGAACUGCAUGAUGAACUUCAAGAAGAACUUCUCUGUGAUGAAGAGAUUAUCGACACAGGUGAAGAAGAUGACUUGAGAACUGGUGAACUGCAGUUUAUGAGGUCAAUUCAUAAGGAAGACCCUCCAAGAAGAGUGAUAAAGCCGAGAAAACGGCGAAGAGAUGAUGGUGAAAGCCCCACAUUAGAUCAUGACAUUGACUACACGGCCACAAACUACUACCAUCGUUAUAAAAAUAAAUCUUAUGUGCGGAGGAAUGAUGUAGGAAAGUACUGUCAAGUUUGCAAAGCCAAACGAUUAGGAGGACGUUCGCGAGGGCUACCGAGCGAUUUGCAACUGCGGAAACUUUGGAUUCUUCGAUUCAACUUGGAUCCGGAAAGAGCAGCAGAAUUAUGGGUUAAAGAUGCUUUUUCUGAUAAUGCUCACAGUGGAGAAGUCUGUUCUCUGCAUUUUCCUGAAGUUAACGAUACAUACCGAAAUCCUCGUGAUGUUCUCCCCAUUGACAUGAGAGAUCCUCAGCUGGUGGGCGACGAUGCGGACGAUGUGGACUUCGGGAACAUGAUUCUUGCUUGUGUGUAUUGUAGCGCGCAAAGACCUUUAAAGUCAAUGAUCCCUUUUGCAAGGGCACGAUUUCGCCGUCGGAGAUGGAUAAGCGCCCUCUGCGAUGGGAACCUUCAAGCAGAAGCGCACCUACGCGAAGCGCUGAAGAACGGUGCUACGAAAUUCCUCUGUGAUUGGCACUUUGCAGACAACUGCUUCUCGAUUAACACUUAUGGGGAAUGGAAGCUGAAGAAAGAUGCCUUACCAAAUCCACUUCUGGAAGAAAACGAACGCACGAGCUUACGUAUUUACAUGAUUAACCACGUUGAUUCAACCAUUCAACGAAAUGAUGAAUUGCGUCGAAGAAGGCUCAACUUUCUGAUGUUGCGGAAACAUGCAAAAGAAAAGGAACGAAUGGACCGAGAAAAUAGUCGAGCCAUGGUAGACAGAAUGCGACGGACAUUUCCCAGACUCGAGUAUGAUCAAGCAGUUGGACGACAUUCCAUCUAUCCCGAACCUAGCCCACCUCAUUAUGUAUCGGCAAAUGAAAGACGCAUCGCACUGCUUAAUACGUCAAACAAUCAUGAAUCACAAGAAUUCAUUGAAGUGGAUCCUGAUAUGCCUCUCUUAUAUCCUGAUGUGGCAGAAGGCCCAACUGAAGUGUAUAAUCAAGAUCCUAGUACAUCUCAUGGUGCAUUAGAUUCGGAGUACCUAGAGGAUCUAGUGGAUGGAGACGUUCUCUACUCUGAUGACAGUGAUGCAGAAUCGGAGAUAAUACGAAAGUUGCAAAGGACAGUCGAUGUAGUGGUCUCAGAAGUUCGUCAGUGCGAAUUCUGUCAUGUCGUUUCGGCAUCCACCAGGUCAAAGUCCGAAAAUCGACCACGCACGUGGCCUUAUGAUGAUGUCAAACAUGAGAAAUAUCUCUCGUUCCUGGCAUGGCCAAAAGAAGUCGAGGAAGACAUACGUCGGUUGUGGGUGAAACGGCGUAUCGAACCUCUUAACGUGCUUCCUGGUUCCGUAUACAAGUAUCCAACUCUUAGUAUUUGUCAGCGGCAUCUAGAUGAAGCGGGUGUUCCUCAACAGUAUGAAGCUUGGCUUGCUAGAUAUUGUGUGUUAUGUGAUGAAGAGCUUCCCGAUGAGAACCUGCUUCUGCCUUUCCCGGUUGAUAAACUUGGAAGGGUUGCAUGGGCAAAAAGCCUCUUCUCCAAAAAACCAUUGAACAAUCUUGUACAGAAACAGCAACAAUGGUUAUGUGAGAGACUCACGCGAGAUACUGCGACGCACUAUCGCCUAUGCCUCUUCCAUUUUCACAAGUCCAGCUUCACCGUGUUGAAUGAAUGUAUUGAUUUUGAUCAGUCGUCGCAGCCGUUAGGAUUGAACAUUUGCCAGUAUGCGAAAAUCCCACGAGGCCCACAAGGCGUAGUAAAAUGUCCUUUGUGUGACACUUGGAAUGUGGAAUCGGAAAUGACGCAGAUUCGCACACCGAGGGGAUUGGCUGAACGCAAUUUCCUCGUUGAAGUUCUCAUCACUGCUGACAAGGCUACGCUCCGAAAAGGUGUCGACAAAUUGUCUGCUGAAGCAUCAACCAUCUGUAAGGCGCAUAUGCCAGAUGCGGAUCCCUUCGAAAUGAUCGCGGAACGUGAGCUAGUCGCUUCCGUAACGGUGCAGUGUGUAUCCUGCUCUAUUCAUGAUUUAGCGCAGAAUAUGACCCCCUUCCCAUAUCAACCGGCUAAACGCAUCAUGUGGGUGGACUCAAUGUCUCGACGGCGUGGAAAUCGCUUGCGUCUUCUGAAUCGUUUAGCUCUUGAAGGACGUCAUUACCUCUGCCCCGCUCACUUCCAUCCCAAUGCUCUUCGGUACAUCCCCGGCCUAGGAAUCUUCAAAAAGUUCUAUUUCCUUCCUAUACCGGACCCAAAUGAACAGCCGAUUACUCGUGUUCCGGAACCGCAUGAAGAUGACUACAUCCCCUUGCUUAUCGACGGCUUCGAUAAUGAAAAAGUGCAAUGGCACUUGAAUUACGAAAAAGUGAGAAGUCUGGUAGGAGACAUUGUCGACGACGUUCAUGAUGAGUUAGAAGAACAUCCCCAAGCUGAGAUCCCUGUUGUAUACGCCGACCGCGGAUCAUCGGAAGUCCGGCAACAACCUAAGGAUGUUGCUGCCGAAGACGCUGACGAAGUAGAGUAUUGUUACGAAUUAGAAGCUGACGAUCAUGAAGAUCUCGAAUCAGCUAUUAAUAUCGAACCAUCUAACGAUGAAUCUCAAGUACUAUCGUUCUUAUUAUCUGGAUUAUUAUUGGGGAAUUUUAUUAUCAUUUCAGGUUCUGGAAUGGCUUUCACUUUUGCUGCCUUCGGUUACCUCAUCGCGCUGAUUGCUGUCGCAUUUUGUAUUUUCUUUGCGAUUUACACAGUGAUCUGCAUUGAUGAGCUCAAGACAGACUAUAAAAAUCCCAUAGAACAAUGUCGAAAUCUCAAUCAGUUGAUCCUUCCCGAGUAUGCCAUUCACAUGACGUACACCUUCCUCUUCAUCCUUAGUUGGCAGAUGUUUGCGAUUCUUAUGAACCUGCCGCUUGCUUUCUACCAUAUUUCAACCUACAUGAGGCGUCCGGUGAUGUCUGGUCCAGGUAUUUAUGAUCCAACUACGAUUCUAAACCGUAACGAGUUGAGCGCUGCUCUUCGCGCCAGCUGGGCUAAACUGGCGUUCUACCUUCUAUCCUUCUUCUAUUAUCUUUACGCGUUGAUUUACACGCUAGUAACGUCGAGUAGCAGCUGA